AUGCUCUUUCGCGUUGAGGCAGCAAAUGGGGACCUGGUGGUUUCGGGUCCCUUGGACCGCGAGUCUAGUAGAGAAGGUGAUCGGCAUCGCCUCGUCAUUCUUGCUAUCGACAGCGGAUCUCCCCCUCGCACCGCCAGUCUUCAGGUGACAGUAACUAUGCUCGAUGUCAACGACAAUGCUCCUGUCAUUCAACUGCCUAGUGACCCUUCGAAUUCGGCCAGUCAAUCCUCAGAAAUAGACAAGUACGGCUUUAUUCUCGAGGCUGACCGUCUCGGCGAAAGCGAUACAGAAAACUUGGGAGCAGGCGAAAGAUGGCAUCUUUCCAGACCUUCCGGCCUUCAGAGAGCCGCCGCAGCAUCGACGCACCACGAUUCCGAUACCGACCAAGCAACUGGGGACAUCGAGACCGGUGCAUGGUGGAGCAAGACUGGCCGUAAGGUUGUUUGGCCGCCUGGUCAGCCACCACCCGGUCUACAUGUCGGCGUCUCUACAGAAUCAGCCUCGGCAACGUUGAAUCCGUCGCUGUUGCAAGCCUUUCUGAGUCGGCAUUCGGACGCCAGAGUCCGCGAAAACCGGCCCCCAGGCACGGUUGUCACCACAGUUUGGGUACAUGAUCCGGACGCCGGGGAGAACGGCACUCUGGCGUGUCGGCUUGAUGGAGAGAUCGUCAUGCUGACGCCUGAAUCACGAACUGCCUUACAUGCCGUUAGCAACGACAAUGCGACUCAGUCUGCAAACAGGGAUUCUGGUCGAGAUGAAACCAGCCUUGCUGCCAGGCUAGAAGCCUUUGGAGCGGACAAUGUUCUGAUGUUUCGUGUCGAAGGUCUGGACGAUGAGGGAGAAUCAAGAAGGUUUCGCGACAAUGGCGAAAUUAAUUUCGGUCAAAGAGGCGCAAAACUGAGAGGCCCCGGCAACCGAAAGACAUUGCAAAUAGUUACCACUAAGGCAAGUCAAAGACAUACUCAUUUUAUUGUUUCUUCCUCAAUGCAGUUCUGUAGCAGCCUUUCAUCCGCUAACAUGUAA